AUGGAUGAACCACAGCUACCAUCUUCUGAUAAUGAUCCGGACACAUAUUUUGUUAAUAUGGUUGUUGAUGAUAUCGAACAGGGAUCUGAUAUAUUAUCACAAGAUAGUCUUGCAAAUAAUGCAAUUAAUAAUGCAAAUAAUGCAAUUAAUAAUGCAAUUAAUAAUGGAAAUAAUCCAAAUAAUCCAAAUAAUAAUAUAUUUGAUACGAUAAGUGAAACGACAGCAACAAUUGCCAAAUAUACCAAUCGAGUUAUAAAUGGAACUAUUGAUGAAGUAAAAGAAAUAGCGAGUGGAACAAAGAAUAAUCCAAAAACAUCAUUUUUUAGCGGUAUGUUAAUUAAAAAUUUAUUUUUUUGUCUCAUCUAA